AUGCAGUUCAAAGAUGGACAUUACAUUGUUCCCUUGCCAUGGAAAAAUCAAAAUGCAGUUCUUCCCGACAAUCAUAAAUUAGCCCAGCGGCGAUAUGACUUGCUGGAAAAAAGGUUUAUGCGGGAUCCCGAGCUUAAACAAAGAUACUCGGAGUUCAUGAAGAAUAUGAUGACUAAGGGAUACAUGGAGGAGGUAGACGAAAAAACGUAUGUGGGCAGCAAAGCAUGGUAUAUACCACGUCAUCCUGUCGUAAAUGAGAAAAAACCCGGUAAAAUCAGGGUUGUUUUUGACUGCGCAGCCAAGUAUGCGGGCGUGGCACUGAAUGACCUACUGCUGCAGGGUCCAGAUAUAAAUAACACCCUGAUCGGAGUUCUUAUCAAAUUUAGAGCAGAGAGAAUUGCCCUUACAGCCGAUAUUGAAAGCAUUUUCUUGCAGGUCAUUGUUAAGGAGCAAGAUAGAGAUAGCCUUCGGUUCUACUGGCGUCCAGUAGAUGGACAGCCAAUUAAGACAUUCCGGAUGACGAGACAUCUAUUUGGUGCCACUUGCUCACCAGCUUGUGCCAACACGACAUUGAGAAGGACAUUGGAAGAUCAUGGUAUGAAAUAUUGUGUUGAGGCAAGACAGGCAAUGAAAGAGAAUUUUUAUGUUGAUGAUUGCCUGGCAUCGGCACCUGACCAGAUGAAGGCAGUACGCAUGAUCAAAGACCUGUCCAACCUCUGUCUUGAUGGGGGUUUCCAUUUAACCAAAUGGCUGUCCAAUGAUAAAGAAGUGCUAAACACAGUUCCUGAAGCAGAAAGAGCCCCGGAACUGAAGUCUUUGGAUUUAAAUAACGAUGACUUGCCAACAGGUAGAACCCUGGGAGUACAAUGGUCACCUCAACUGGACACACUAAGCUUUAACAUAGCAGCAGCCGAAAGGAAUUACACAAGAAGGGGAAUCUUGUCUAUUACCAGCUCGGUCUUUGAUCCAUUGGGAUUGGUGGCCCCUUUCAUUCUCCCAGCAAAAAUGCUACUGCAAGAUCUCUGUCGGCAAGGCCUAGGUUGGGACGAACUCAUUGAUGAUUUCUCAAUGCAGCGGUGGAGGAUAUGGUUAGAGGAGCUAAAGAGGCUCAAAGAAUGGAGUAUGCCGAGGUGUUAUAAGUCAAAUCUAUCCUCAAAUAUAAUAAGUAUACAGCUCCAUGUAUUUUCGGACGCGAGCGAGAAGGGGUAUGGCAUGUGCGCCUAUUUGAAGCAGGAAGCCCAAGAUGGAACAAUACAAGUUUCCCUUGUCUUAGCAAGAAGUAGAGUGGCUCCUUUGAAAUAUGUAUCUAUCCCUCGUAUGGAGUUGAAGAUGUGUAUAAGAGACAGAUGGCAACCAGAUCAGGAAGUUGAAUAUCAAGGAAGUUUGUUACUGGACAGACAGCCAGACUGUUCUUAA